AAUGGCUUAUACGCGUAUAGGGCUUUUGAAAGCAAAACAAGCAAUUCACGGCCGUCAUAACAAUUUCGAUUUUUUUUAUAUUUUACCUUGAAAAUCCAACUAUAAAUCGAAACAUCUGAGAUGAAUUGAGCGCGAUAUUGUUUAUCUUUACUGCUGUUUCUGAUUUGCCACGAGAUUGGUACCAAAAUGAACUUGUUCAAAAAAGUGAUAAAGCAAGAUUACUGAAGAACCUCUGCGGUUUUUUUUCUUGUUAUCCGGUGACGACGAUACUGUGAACUCGGUGAAAAGAAGAAAAAAACGAACAACAGCAAAUACAGGCGUUUAAAUAUUUGCCAAGAAUGAUUCGCAUUCGAAGGAAAUUUUUGUUCAUUCUUUCCGGAAUUGCGCUGUUCAUAUUUUUGUUGCUUUAUGUUCUUUUGAAUCACUCAAUUCCGAUUGCAAAACCGAACAAUGAUUUUCUUGUGCUGGAGGAUAAAAUUAACCAACUGGAAACGGGUUUGAACAAACACCGGCGAGAGUUCGGUGCCUUGAAACAACAGUUCGAUACCAUUCGAUCGAACGGGGGUGGUCAGCAGGGGCGAAAUGGAAAUGAAGCGGACGAUUACAUGGAUGAAUCCCGACUGGACAAAGUCCCGGCAGUAGCGGCUCCACAUUUGGGCAACCGGGAAAUGAUCAAAGAUUCGGUGAUCAGUGCUAACCGAGACACCGGUGGAAAUUGUGCACUGCGAACGGACAUUGUUCCGCAGCCGGAUAUUCAGAUGCUGGAGGUGUACGAAAAGGUUCCCUUCGAUAACAUCGACGGUGGUCCGUGGAAGCAAGGCUGGAGGGUAACGUAUGACGAGAAACACUGGAAUCAACACCACAAACUGAAGGUAUUUGUGGUACCCCAUUCGCACAACGAUCCGGGAUGGGUUCAAACAUUCGACGAGUACUACGAGCGACAGACGAAAAGUAUUUUUGCUAAUAUGCUGCGGCAUCUGGAAGAGAACCUGGAAAUGAAGUUUAUCUGGGCGGAGAUAUGCUAUUUUGCCAAAUGGUUUGAUAAUUUGGUACCGCAACAAAAGGACAUUGUGAAGAAAUUGAUUAAAAGGCACCAACUUGACUUUGUAACCGGAGGCUGGGUGAUGCCCGAUGAGGCAAACUCACACUGGUACUCUAUGUUACUACAGUUGACCGAGGGUCAAAGUUGGCUGAAAACUCGUCUGAACGUAACGCCAUCAUCUUCUUGGGCUAUUGAUCCGUUCGGUCACUCAGCAGCAAUGCCGUACAUUCUGAAGAACUCUGGUUUCGACAAUCUGCUGAUUCAACGGACGCACUACAUUAUAAAGAAGAACCUUGCACAAAGGCAGCAACUUGAAUUUCGAUGGCGCCAGCUGUGGGACACUCGUGGUGAAACGGAUCUGCUGACGCAUAUGAUGCCCUUCUACUCGUAUGACAUUCCACAUACCUGCGGUCCCGAUCCGAAAAUCUGCUGUCAGUUUGAUUUCAAACGUUUACCUCAUUUCGGAUUGUCCUGUCCGUGGCACGUUCCGCCGCAGCAGAUCACAGAUGACAAUGUGGCCGAAAAAGCGCGGCUGAUUGUGGAUCAAUGGCGAAAGAAAGCGGUACUGUACAAAACGCGCAGUGUUCUGAUUCCACUGGGUGACGAUUUUCGCUACACCCACAGUAAAGAGUGGGAAGCGCAACGUGUCAACUACGAGAAACUGUUCGAAUUCAUAAACAACGAACCGUCACUGAACGUUGAAGCAAAGUUUGCAACACUACAGGACUACUUUGAUUCGAUUCGCUCGACUACUGAGGUGGAAAAAUUCCCAUCGUUGAGUGGUGAUUUUUUCACUUAUGCUGAUGUAAACGAAGAUUAUUGGAGUGGCUAUUUUACUUCGCGGCCGUUCCACAAGCGACAGGAUCGUAUUCUGAUGAACUACGUUCGAUCGGCGGAGAUGUUGCAUUCGUGGCACAACUGGGACCGCGAAGCUGAACUCGAACACAGACUGGAAUAUGCGCGGCAGCAGUUAUCGUUGUUUCAACAUCAUGAUGGCAUUGCCGGAACGGCAAAAAAUCACGUGGUCAAAGAUUACGCCGAUCGUAUGGCGAAGGCGAUCGAGGAGUGUAAGUUCGUUAUGCAGCAAGCCGUUUACAGACUCCUAACAAAGCCCUCCGUUUACCAAGCGGAUCCUAAGUUUAGCUAUCUUAGCAUUGAUGAUUCCCGCACCGUCGAUGGAACGGAUACUUUCCGACCAACCAUCAUCAUAGGCGAUGAGCUGCCCAUCAAACACGUGGUCGUGCACAAUUCGCUACCACAUCAACGGGAAGAACUGGUAGAAGUCUACAUCGGGAAACCGUUCGUUACGGUGCAGGAUGCCCAUGACGGUACGACCGUCCCCUGCCAGGUGGCACCAGUGUGGUCUUGGACAACCAGACCGGAUGGAAUCAGUACCCCGCAGGCGUCUACGACAAAGUUUCGGUUGCUAUUCCGUGCAUCGGUGCCACCACUAGGUUUGGCAGUUUACACUGUCAUCUCUCGCAAUCGGGUCGACGAUAGCACUGGAGUGUCUUAUGCCAAAGUGACCAUUCUGUCGCACACACCGUUCUCGAUCAACCUGAAUAAUUAUCCAGAGGUCGAAGAGUUUAGUGAACCGAGAGAAACUUCACUAAAGGUUGGUGACGGUCCGGGAGCUUCGUUCAUUGCUAGUGGCCUACUUAAAUCGCUAUCCAUCGAAAGCAAUACCGUGCCGGUUCAUUUGGAUUUCCUGAAAUAUGGAAUGAGAUUUGGGUCUGGCAAAAGUGGUGCCUAUCUGUUUCAUCCGGAUGGACCAGCAACGAGACUUCCGCUAGGUGAUCCGGUUGUUUUGAUUGUAAAAGGCUCAUUGGAAGCCAGUGUUACAACUGGGCUACCGUUUGCAGUCCACCAGACGAUCCUACGGGGUGACGCCGUGGAAAUUCGAAAUCUCGUUGAUAUUGGGGAACAGGAAAAUACGGAGAUCGUUAUGCGUAUUUCAACGAACAUCAACAGUGCAGAUCAUUUCUAUACCGAUCUCAACGGAAUGCAAAUGAUCAAACGAAAACGGUUCAACAAACUUCCGCUGCAGGCUCACUACUAUCCCGUACCAACGGCCAUGUUCAUUCAGGAUGAUAACCUGCGUCUGACGAUACUGAGUGGACAACCGUUGGGUGGUGCGUCGUUGAAAACGGGAGAGAUGGAAAUCAUGCAAGAUCGUCGUCUUUCCCAGGAUGACGAUCGUGGUCUAGGUCACGGGGUACAGGAUAAUCUACCCGUACUGCACAUAUUCCGAUUGGUGCUGGAAAAUCGCGAAUCUUGCACCAAACUGGAUCCCGGAUAUCCGGCCGGGUUUCUGACCGCCAGUGCUCACGACGAAUUGCGAUCGUUGCUUCAUCCGCUGGAGAAGUUAAUUUUCAACGAGAAUGAAUGGACCGGACUGGUACCACGCUUUGGAGUCAAUCACGAACCGCUGGAGAAGGGGAUGGAACUGGUAGCGUUAAGAAAUUUACCCCAUGUGGUAUUUGGUAAAGAGAAGAAAACGGCAGUCGGAUUAGUCGUACAUCGGACAAAUUUUGACGACUGCGGCUCGGAGGCCACUGGCGAAGGAAAUAUGAACAUCAAGAAGCUACUGAAUUUGGACGAUGGAUGCCAAAUCUACAGUUCACUACUGACGUUGCUGAGGAAACAAGAACUGGUGUCAUCCGAUGAUAUCAGUCUAUGCCCGAUGGAUAUCAAAGCUUACAUUAUUCAGCGAUGAGCUAACCAAACCAUCUUGGCUUCAAUUUAGUUUUAAUACAUCAUCCAGCUAUGUUCGAAAGAAUUUUGAACGGCACGCUUAAUGGUUACAGUCUAUCCCUUGUUUUAUAAGAGAAAUAAUUUAUUAUAAUAGCUACGUUAGCGACGAGUGAACGAAGUUCUUGUGAUGUCCGGUCAUAUUAUAUGCUUUCUGCGUAUUCCAACUUGACCGUUUCCUUAUUCGUGUGCUGCUUCUCCUUCGUCCUUCUGCGGAAAUAAUCUAGCAAGAAUGAUACGUCAAUCCUGCUGACAAUUCACCUGGAGGGAUGCAACUUAGAUCAAACGAACGAUUGAUGGAACAUAUGAACCAAGAAUGAUUGCGGCUAAAUAUGAAUUAUACCGCAUAAUUUGAAUAUAAUUCAUAUUUAAUAUGAAUUAUACCGCAUAAUUUUACCAUUCAAAGAAUAUCCAACAAACUAGGCGUGAUUUUAGUAAGGCAUUGAACAAUGAAUACAAUUGGUUUGCAAAAAAAACAUUCAACUGUUUGAAAGUAAAUACAUGAAACAAAAAUCUACACACAAAUAAGCGUAUUAUAUGGCACACCCAUACUUAAGUCCGUUGUGUAUUACAUAAA